UUGCAGUUCUAGUAGAUCAUGGGUCGCAGAAAGUCGAAGAGGAAGCCGCCACCCAAGAGGAAAAACAUUGAAAAACUUGAUGUCUAUUUCAACUGUCCUUUCUGUAAUCACGAAAGGUCAUGUGAAGUCAAAUUAGAUCGGCAGCGGAAUACAGGUAUGAUAUCGUGUGGGGUAUGCAUGGAGGAUUACCAGACAACUAUUAAUUAUUUAUCGGAGCCUAUAGAUGUCUACAGUGACUGGAUUGAUGCGUGUGAACAGGCAAACCAAUAGCACAUGGACCAACUCGUUUUCAUUAUUGUGUUCAUAAUUAAGAACUGAUACAAACAAGGUUUUUAUAAACAAUGAGUUAAAUUGACGGAGUUACCAGUUUGUUUUAUGAUUAAACCAUUUUACUGGAAUAAUGAUUAUAUAUAUAAGAUAAAGGCGGACAAAAAGUUUUUAGAGUACACUAAUUGUGAAAGAGAAAGGUUAUCUUAGCAUUUAAAUGUGAUGGGAUUUUAGUUAUUGUGGAUUAUCAAAAAAAGUAUUUUGAUACUGUUAUGCACUACAACAUAAAUAUCUUGUUUAAAUGAAAUAUUGAAAUUGUAGUGUAUAGCAAUAUCUUGUGUUGGACUAGUAUUAUUAAAAAAAAGUGUUGUUGAAAUGGAUGUGAUAUUUGAACAUAUAAAUUUGACUUUGAAAAUUUUAUAAUAAUCAUGUAAAAUGAAACUUGGUAGGAUGUAAAAUGGUAUAUGAGUUUAUGCCUUGUAUGUUUGCAAAACUGAAAGAAGUUCCAGAAGACUUUGACCUUGGUGAUACUGAUGCAUAAACAAUAAAUUCAGCAGUGUUUGAAAAUAGAAAGAUCAUAUUUUAAACUUUUUAAAGUGUUACAAAAUGUACUGGAUAUCUGAAAAUCUGCUUUUCAUUUACUUAUUAUUUUACAUUUUAUCUUAAUGUGAUUUAGUCAAAUCAAAAUUUCAUUCUUUAAUAUAGAAAGUACAAAAACUGAGGAAAAUGCAAACUUAAGAUUUAGUAGCAUUUGUAGUAGCAUUUGAAAAAGGUUCACAGUCGUUAGUGAUUUUAAGGGGUUAAUUUCAUAUAAACAGAUGAGGCAGAUUUUGUGUGUGUGUUUAUUUUAAAGUGCGCAGAUGAAUCAUUGUUUAAUGUAGCUCAUAGUUUAGUUUAAUGGUCAUUAUACUUUGGCAUAGUACAGCUUACAAAAUCAGUGAAACUCAGAAACACAAGCUGUUGUAGGUGAUAAUACUUGCUAUCUUCCAUUUCAUAUUACUACAACAGUGUGCAUGAAAAAUGGAAGUUUCAGAGCUGAAGAGUUUGCUUGAGUUAGAUAUGCAGAUGAGUUCAUGAAAAAAAAUUAAGAAGUUAGGGUUUUUAUAGCAGUUGAGUAUGUUCGUUUUAAAGCUAGGGUAGUAUUCGAGUCGAGUUCACCAAAACUGGGGGCUGUAAACAUAUUGUAUGAAUUAGAUGCCUUUAUUUAGUUCAUGAAAUGUUUAAGUUUUAAGUCAGGGGUUUUGUUGUUAAAUAUGCAUUUAAAGUUUAUAAAAAGUGGAAGUUUCAGAGUUAGAGGUAAAUAAUGUGUCAAACAGACAUUUAAAAUUUCUAAACUGGGGUCGAAUACGAGUUAAAUACACACUUCUAGUCAUCAAAUCUAAAGAUGCAGUUUCAAAACUAGGGAUUUUUUAUGGGUUAAACAUUCAUUUCCAGUUCAUGAAAAGUAGGGAGUUUCUGAGGUAGAGAUUGUAUGUAAGUGUCACUGUCACUUCACAUUGGUACCUAUUGUUUUUAAUCACAAGAUCAGGUCUGAGAAAUGUUUUAUGUAUGUGUACAUCUAAAUUUGGGUUUAUUAGCAAUGUUUUCAAUUUUGACACCAUGUAUGGUCAGUGCAUUUACAUUGUAAUUUUUAAUUGAGAAUCACCUCUGCUGUACAUGGUAUAUUUGUCAGUUUGUCUCAUGCAUCAUUUUAAUAUUUAAGUAAAUCUUAGUUAAAUAGA